AUGCGACAUUGUGACCUUACUCAUGAGCGAGUUCAACAAAUUAUCGAAUAUUUGAGGAAUGGAACAUAUCCCGAUCCUUGUUCUCAAUCGAAAAGAAAUUUUCGGAAGACCGCCAAACGAUUUGUAUUAAAACGAUUUGAAUCUCCCGAGAUAUUAUACUAUCGUGCUGCACCUGGAGUGUUAUUGCGUGUUUUUUCUUCAUCUGAGAUGAAUGAAAAAAUCCAAUCCAUCUAUGAAGUACACAAAUCAAAUGGUCAUCCCGGGCGUGAUAGACUAAUGGGUCUAUUAAAAAAAAUUGUUUAUGGAGUUAACAGACGUGAAGUUAUGAGGGUUUUGCAAUCUUGCCCGAUAUGCAAGGCCAAAAAUUUAAUGAAUACAAGACCCGUAAUACAGCCAAUCCGGGCAUUUUCAGUAAGAGAGAGAUACAUUUUUGACCUUAUUGAUCUUCGUCAUUAUACUGAAUUCAAUCAAGGCUAUUCCUGGUUGUUAGUAGGACUGGAUUCAUUUUCAAAAUUUUGUUGGACUAGUCCUUUAAAAACAAAAAGAGCCAAAGAAGUUAUAGAGAAAAUCAGGGAUGUUAUUCUUAUUUUUGGGAAACCCUUAAUUUUGCACACGGAUAAUGGAAAAGAGUUUGUUAACUCCACUGCAAUAGAAAUGUGCAAUGCAUUUAAUAUAAAACACGUACGCGGAAGAGCAAGAUGUCCCUGGGUUCAAGGCCAAGUUGAACGGCUGAAUCAAACCCUCAAAAAUAUGCUCUCAUCUACCGGCAUAUCUAGAGGGAAUAACUAUAAUUGGUGCGGAAUUCUGCGAGAAAUAACGAGUGCAUACAAUAAUAUGGUACAUUCAACUACGAAAAACACUCCUUUUCGACUAAUGUUUGGACCCUCUGCUAGCGAAACAAUUUAUGUGCAUUAUUCAGAGCCUGAAAUUAAUCAAUUAUUGGGAGAGAUUGAUUCUUUGAAUAAUACAGAAAUCAGUCCAGAGCUUGAAAUAGAAUAUUCUAAAUGGAUCUUUAAAGUUAAAGAGGAAGAUCGUUGUCUGGCGAUAAAAAGUUCGGACAAGGCAGCGGAAAAGAUGGCUAGGCGAAGAAAAUGGGCCAACGAUGUUGAAGUAUACGAGGUUGGCAUGAAAGUAGUGCGAAAAGUCUUCGUGGAUUCAAAUAUACACACCAGAAAAGGUCUAUGUCUUCAAUGA